AUGGAUGAUUUUCCUCCCGAGUACGCCAAUGCCAGCAACGCAGGACGAAUCGUCGGGGUCGUUGGUGUUUUCCACUUCCUCGCUCUGGCAUUUGUUUCGCUGCGCAUUUAUGCUCGGCUGGUGAUUCUCAGAGCGUUUGGAGCUGAGGAUGCCCUCAUAGUUGCUGCCGCCAUCCUCGCUUUAACCUCUUGGGUCUGCCUGGUCCUUCAGAUACCGUAUGGCCUUGGUCAUCAUGCCUCGACACUACCGACGGAAGACAGAAUCGAGUUCGAACACAUAUCUUUCUGGAAGACAGUCUUAUCAGAUGGUGUCGCAAUGGGGUUGCUGAGGAUUUCUAUGGCGAUAAGUUUGCUUCGCCUCAAGAGGGAUCUGCGGUGGUAUACGUGGUCUCUUUACGCUGUGAUCGGUUUUGUCGUGGCAUACUCGGUUCAAGCCAUUGUUUGGCUGUUUGUCUAUUGCACGCCAUAUUCAGGUUGGUGGGAGUUUCAGUGGAUGAACCCUUUUGACCCGAGAUGUCACGAUUUCAACCUGUUCAUCAACCUGACAUACUGGAAUGUCUCUUGCAACAUAUUCACCGAUAUUUGCUUGGGAGCGCUGCCGGUUCCUAUCAUCUGGCAUCUGAAGAUGAAAUUCCGCGUCCGACUUUACGUGAUAGGCAUCCUCAACCUUGGUUACUUUGCAAUCAUCAUGGGCAUUCUCAAGGCCGUGUUCAUGUUGACCACAGGCGGCGACAUCGACGCCAUCUUUGACUAUUGGGUUCAUUUCUGGCAAAAUCUCCAGCUCAACAUCGGCAUCAUCGCAGCCUGCGCCUCUUACCUCAAACCCCUCUUCGGCCGCCUCUUGAAGAUCAACAGCUCGAUCGGCUACUACCCCAGCAACGAACGCUACGGCCGAAGCGGCCAAACCCCUCUCGGCGCCGGGACAUCCUCUCGCGGCGGCAACGCGUACGCGAGCGGCAAGAGGCGGACCGGCAGUAUCCCACUGGAUCGCAGCCUACACGACGAGUUCGAGAUGCAUACCAAGGACGGCUUCAGCGUGACUGAGCAAUACGUGUCCGGCGGCACCUCCGACAUUGGUACGAGAGCUGAUGCGGUGCGGUCGCCCGUGGCUUUGGACGGCCGUUCCUCGGCUGAGGCUAUGUACGCUGGUGCCGUGCCUUCUGAUGCCAACAGCGAGGAGAUUAUACUGCAGAGGGAAAACGGUCGUGGUAUUGUCUGCACGAGGGACUUCAGUGUCAAGUAUAGUGAAAACGAGAGAUUCAGGCCGGUGGGUUCGUCGAAGUCAUGCCAGGAUUGA